AUGGCGAGGAUAGCGUUAGAAGCUGUUGUUUUGGCGAAUGAAGAGCUUGUGAGGCUCCGACAGGAGGUUGCAUCACUACAGAACGCGUCAGCUUAUGCCGGAGAUGAGGACAACGAUAACAAUGGAGGUUGGAGAAUGAGAAUUUCAUUGGCUUUGGCUAUGGCACUGUUUGUGCAGCCGAACCUUCUUUUGCUUGAUGAACCUACCAACCAUCUUGACCUCCGGACUGUUCUAUGGUUGGAGGAAUACUUGUGCCGGUGGAAGAAGACUCGUACCGUGGAAAUUUUGAUGAUUUUGAAAUCAUUCCUCAAGCGCCAUGUCACUCCUUCCCCUUUCUUCAGCCAUUUCACAACAGUUCUCGAAUCACCCUCAAUGACUAAGUUACGAUGCCCAACUCCUGGGCCUGCUGAACAGGGUAAUUUGGCAAGAGCAGAACCGUUAGCUGCAGCAUAUGGGGUCAAGAAGGCAAAGGAGUUGGGCAUUGAUAACCUAGUCAUUGAGGGUGAUUCAAGAACUGUUAUGAACUGA